AUGCAAGCUGUCGGGGCUCGCUCUCCAACGAGUAUGAGAAUCACAUGGAGAGUGCUGCAUUUCUAGCCCAUAUCAGAUCGGUGCGGUGGCUGCCUCUCGCAGCCUGCUCAAACUCAACGUCUCUCGCCGGACAAAGCUGCAACAUCAAUAGUCGGUAAGAGCCUAGGGGCACGUCUCCAUCUUCCCACCUGCUUUCAACACUGCUGUCAGGAUGGAUCCUCUUGGCAUAAAGGCGAGCAUCACGGCGAGCAUUACGGUGAGCAUCAUGACGAGCAUCACGGCACUCGUCACCGUUGCAGCCCAGAUCGAGGCUAGAAUCAAGCAAAUUCACGCAUUCUGGUCCUCGGUCGCCGACGCCCCUGCUUCGCUGCGAGGCCGUCUCGCCGACAUAGAGCUGGUCCGUGACCUCUUCGACGGCAUUGACGCCAACAUGGCGGGCCACGGUACGGACCCUGGCGUCGCAGAGCUGAUGAGCAAGCUGCCUGGGAGGUGUCACAUGGGCCUCGAAACCCUCGAGAGCCCGGCAAAAACGGUUCUCCCGGGCGCCACAGAAAAUCGCACCAAGAUCACCUGGAAGUCGGCCAAGGCCGUGCUGAAAGCAGAUAGGCUCCAGUCAUACAAGGCUCAUCUCGACUCUAGAAAUUUGCCUUGUUCUUGCCCACGGCUAUGCUAGCCAGCGAAUGCUGCUGGCUCUGUCCCUGCCAGUUGGCUAUCUCCGGACAGCGCUAACAGUCAACACAGGCAACGCAUGGAGUCUCGCUUUGACGA